AUGAGUGUCACAUAAUCUUUUGAAGAAAGUCUUACUUUUCUCAAUAAAAAUAACGAGAGUUGUGAUACACCUAUUUCAAGUCAAAGAAGAAUUAAUUGGAAAGUUGAGAUGAGGAAGAUGGUUUUGACAAAACUGCCCAUAAAAAAGGCUAGUCCUAGAUUAUGUGAGUCGUCCAAGUCCAAAAAUAUACCAAAAAAUAUUUCUAAAGUGAUCACUUAACAAAUUUUAAGAGGAUACUAUAAUCAUCUCAUCUAAUGUAACCAGAAAACAUUUUUAUCAUUCAUAAAGAAAAACAAAAAUAUAUAAAACCUAACAACCCUCCUUAAACUAAUCAAACCGCAUAAAAAUACAGAGGUCAACUCAAUGCAUGAAUGUUUUCGAAACAUAUGGUAUUUUUUUUCUUUUAAGUUUAGUUGGUACUUUUUAAAGAAGCAAUACGUUAGCUAUGUCUUUAACUCAAAAAUCAAAGAUCCCUAAUGGCAUAUAUAAUAUAGAAACGCACUUCUGAAAAUAUGUAGAGAUUUUUGA